UUCCUUCCGUCCGACGUUGCGUGGAGCUGCCUCUCCGGCCGAACUAGCAAACCAGGAGACAAAAGCAACAAAGUGAACCCCCCUCCGGACCAAUCUAAUGUGUCACAUUUAACCGUUUACAAGCCGAAUCCCUCUGCUCGCACCGUCAGAGUGAAUAGUGGUGUGGAAAGAAGUAAAACUACUUUAGUUACAAAUGGAGAUGGACAAGCAGGCACUCAGGGUCAACGAAAGCAACACAUCCAAUACAACACCUCUUUGAGAAGCACCUUAUCAAUGACUAUACCUGAAGUAAAGUGACUUUACUCAGCUACGCAAACCCAAUUGAUUCACAGAAACCAUUGGGCUGCCACCAUGGACGGGGAGGAGGAUAUUCCUCACCUGAGUGAGGAUUUGUUCAGUGAACCUGAAGUGUCUGCAGAGAGUAAAAAAAGAGAGGCAAAAGGGACCUUCUUAAAAAUUGAGGGACAGGAAGGCUAUGUGUUCAAAUCCUACAGCAUUCAUCCUCAUUACCUCACAGAUGCAAAAUCCCCUAGUUGUUCUUCAACACUGGAUAAAGACUCCCUCCCUACUUUCCAUUUAUCUUCUCAGGUAGACAAACAGUUGGAGUUGGAGAAAGUAUGCGACAUAGAUUCAUCUUCCCAAAAUGCUGAAGGACAUAUGGGGAUUGAGAAGUAUGCAAAUGGCAGCGGGCUGAGUGAAAACGUCAAAGAUGAUGGCAAGGAUGCAAACGAAAUGGUAGAAGAAAUGCAAGAUGACAGGUUACCAUUUGGUGGAGCUAUUGGCCCCUUUCUAACUCGAGACUGUGAAGAAUAUAGUAGUUUAUUAAGUGGCUACACAAGCACCCUUUAUGAUGUUGCCAUGGAUGCCGUCACUCAGAGUCUUUUGUCAUCUAUGCGGGGUCAGGGCAGUCCCAGGAAAAAAUCGGCUGCAUGGAACCAUUUCUGCAUAUCACCACGGGACAAUACCAAAGCAAUCUGUUUAUACUGCAUGAAAGAGUUCAGUAGGGGCAAGAACGAAAAAGACCUCAGCACAAGUUGUUUGAUGAGGCACGUACGAAGGGCUCACCCCACUGUGCUUAUACAUGAGGGAGCAGAUGCAUCUUUAUCAAGCCUGCCUGUUUCUUUCCCCUCAUCAUCAAUACCUCCCUCCCCAAGCUCACCAAAAAAUGGAGAUUUAACAAAUAGCAUUCUUACUCCUGCCUCAAAGGAAACCUCUCCGUCCACAUCCUCAGCUGAAAAUUCAAGCCCAUCAUCCAAAGACGUGUUGCCCAAAGUCGAACUGAAACUAGAACCGAAACUAGAACCGAUUACUAAUGUCGACAUUGUUAGUAGCAACUUUCUACCCCUUCCAUCCUCACAUUCCAGCGACAACAAUGUCGAAGAUAUAUUAGAUGGAGGGUCUGAGUGCUUUUCUGGCACCCCAAAAGGCUCCAGUUCCCGCCGAAGGUCAGCCGUUUGGAAGCAUUUCUAUCUUUCCCCUGCUGACAGUUCAAAAGCUGUGUGUAUCCACUGCAUGAAUGAGUUCAGUAGGGGCAAAAACGGAAAGGAUCUCGGAACAAGCUGUCUCAUCCGCCACAUGUGGAGAGCCCACAAAGAGGUUGUGAUUGAGGAAAAUGGACAGGGCAACCACAUUCCGCCACCCUAUACGAAUCCUCCUUCAAUGACACCUCGCUCACAGCUACAGGAUGUAAUGGACAUAAAAAAAGAGCCACCCUUUCUUAUCUCAUCACCAGAAACCAUAUCGGACGACCUACCCCAAAGCAUAGAAGAAAGCAUGGACAUUAAGGAGGAGCGUGAAGAGCAUCUCUCAGGGCAGGAUUAUUUUAACUUCUUCAAAACUCAGGGGGAUGAUAAACCACUAACUUCCACACCAUCUGACCUCUCUGAAGGCCCCAGCUUCAUGCAGGAUCGUUUGGUUUUCCAGCAGAAUAAGAAGAUUAUGAAACGGGUGAAAUCUGAAGUUUGGCACCAUUUCAUAGUGUCACCAGUUGACCAGUUGAAAGCACUGUGCCGUUACUGCCCUUGUGUCAUUAGUCGAGGCAAGCGGGGCGAGUUUGGGACAAGCUGCCUGAUGAGGCAUCUCGUGAGGCGUCACCCAGACAUUAUGAAAAACCAAAAAUGCCUCGACGAGAAGAAAUAUUCCCCUCAACCUUACGAGCCCCUCACCUCAAAUUCAGUUUCAGCCAAAGAAACUGACGGUCCUGAGAAAAAACCCCAACUCGUGCCAGUUUUCAGCAAAAAGACAUCAAAACUGUGGAAUCAUUUUUCCAUUUCCGUCUCUGAUCCCACCAAGGUGGUCUGUUUGCACUGUAGCCGUACAAUUAGCAGGGGGAAAAAGACUACGAACCUCGGCACAAGCUGCCUCCUCAGGCACAUGCAAAGGUUCCAUGAACAUUUCCUUGAGCGUAACAGUGCUAUCUCAGGUGAGGUGCCGUCUGCUGAAAUUCGCGUUAAACAAGAGGUGGUGGAAACCCCCUUUUAUCAGCCAGAGCAAAACUGUGAGAGAUUUGAUGAAAACCAUCCUGUUGCCAAAAAGAUCACCAGGCUUAUAGCGGAAAUGCUCGCACUGGAUCUUCAGCCAUCAGCCAUGGUAGAGAAUUCUGGACUUUACAGACUGUUAGAAUUCCUCAAGCCUCAGUAUUCGCUACCACCUUCUUCUUAUUUUACCAGCACUGCCAUACCAGAAAUCUAUGAAAAGGUGAAAGAUGUUGUGCUGACCCAUCUAAAAGAGGCUGAAGGCGGGGUUGUCCACUUCACAACGAGUAUUUGGGUCAGCAGCCAGACGAGGGAAUACCUGACCCUUACCGCCCACUGGGCAACGUAUGAGUCAAGUAUCAGACCUCAAGGUCACGACUUCCACUGUUCUGCUCUCCUAAGUGUCUCACAAAUAGAUUGUGAUCAAGAUAUGCACGACAUCCCAAAGCAGCUCGAGUACCUGUGGGAUUCCUGGAUCACUUCACCGGGGCUGAAGAAGGGGAUCACCUUAACAGAUAAUGCCGCCAUCAAAAAUACCCUUGAGGAGCACGGCCAUGUUACUGUGGAGUGCUUUGGCCACACUAUAGACCUCAUUGUAAGUGAAGCCAUAAAAAGCCAGAGAAUGGUUCAAAACCUUCUGAGCAUGGCUAGAAAGAUCUGCGAACGGAUCCACCGUUCGGCGACAGCAAAGGAAAAACUGGCAGAGCUUCAGAAGGUUCACCAGCUGCCGGAGAACCAGCUGAUCCAGGACGUCCCAUCCAAGUGGAGGACGUCCUAUUUCAUGCUGGAACGGCUGGUGGAGCAGAAGUUGGCCAUUGAUGAGUUGUCGAUAGAGUGCAAUUUUAGGGAGAUAAUCAGCUGUGACCAGUGGGAGGUGAUGCUGUCUGUCUGUAAUGCAUUGAAACCGUUUGAGGUCGCCUACACAGAGCUGAGUAACCGCACUGCCUCUCUGGGACAGGUCAUACCACUCAUUCACAUCCUUAACAGGAAAAUAGAUCUCCUAUUUGAUGAAACUGUGGGCAUAGACAAUAUGCUGAUGUCUCUAAAGGAAGCAAUGAUGAGCAGGAUGUCGGAAACUCUGCAUGACCCGCGUUACACCUGGGCCACCAUGUUGGACCCUAGAUACAAAACGUCAUUGUUCACAGAAGAAGAAGCUGAACGUUGCAAACAAGAUCUGAUCCAGGAGCUAGACUCGUCCUCUUCUACCUCAGUUCCAGUUAACUCUGUCCUGUCCAACGGCUGCAGCGAGGACACAGUUUCCUCUGAAAUCCCGCAUUCAAACAGAGACAACCUCUGGUCCUUGAUUCCUGAAGUCAGGCAAAACACAAGAGAAGAGAAGACCAAGUCCUCAGAGCUGGCAGUGCUGGAGUAUUUGGAGGAGGACAUUUUAGAUCAAGGCUGUGACCCCUUGGACUAUUGGAACCUGAAGAAGUUCCUGUGGCCUGAUCUCGCCAAAGUAGCCGCCCGUUACGUGGGCUGCCCUCCCAGCAUUGUCCCAGCUGAGACACUGUUCAGCACUGCCAGCAUGAACUGUGCUCUAAACCAGCCCAGGCCCAUGCUGGACAACUUAGAAGGACUGUUGUUUCUUAAGGUCAAUCUCCCUUUGAUCUAUUUUAAGUACUGAACAUUGUUGAGCAUUAACUUGAAAACCGUUCUAUCAAGGACCAAGUUGCAUAGCUGUGAAACGGGUGGGGUUAUGUGGAGCUAAUUGUAAGAUAGAGACUUAUACACUGAUUCUUAAUGCAAAGGCCAGAUUGAGGGUUUCUUGUGUUGUGUACUACUGUUAAACACUUGGAGCUGUUAUGAUGAAAUGUCUCAGUGAGAAGUGUAUCAGGGAGGGAGGGGAUUGGCUUUUUUGUUUUGUUUAUUUUUUUAAUAGUUGUAGGGGGUUGGUAAUGAUGUGUUUGCUAGUAACCUUUCUUUGUUUUGUUUUUUGUCCGUCUACUCUCUCCUUGUGCCUUAACCAAAACUACUUCUGGUCAAAUGUUGUAAAUAUUAUAGAAAUGUGCAGAUUGCAUCAGGAUAAUUUUUCUUCUUAGGAAUUUAAGAUACAAAGAUUUUUUUUUUCCGUAUGAAAACAUGGCCCAAAAGAAUAAAUGCUGUGACUGAAAGACAUAAGUUAACGCUAUUUAAUUUUUCUCUGUAAAUUUGAGGCGCACGGUACUGUCACUUAGAAAUAGUCUUUUUCUUAUUUUUACUCGCUGAAAUGUUUUUAAUGAGAUGUAUCAUGGUGUUGUAUUUUCAGAAUAGGAUGGGUUCUUUGGAAUAUACCAAUUGUCUCUUAAGCACAAUUUAAGUUUAUUUCCAGGGGGUUAAAUUAUGGGUUUAUUAUUGAUUAACUGUACUGUACAUUUUAUAAGAAAUGGAAUUCUGAACCUAAUUUGAUAAACCUUUUAGCAUUCAGACUGGAAAAAUCAAAAUUUUGUGGUCAUUUGUAAAUAAAGGUUUUACUUAAA